AUGGACUUUGACGACACUGAUCAGCUCAUUAACGAUGCCAUUUGCGCAAUUACUGGUGCUCAACGCGCUCGCGACGUCCUAUACACCUUCGCCGCCCUGACAAACCGGAUCACGGUACAAAUCGUACCUCUGACGAAGCUGGGCGAGAACCAGCGCGAUGACAUUGCGAACAAUGUCAAAGAUUCGAAUCCGGCGUGGAUUGACGGCGACACGCACCUCAAAAAUCCCAAGAUCUGGGACGAAGUUCGCAAUGGCGACUACACGCAUAUUAUCUUGAGCCCCGAGCAAGCCGUCAACCCGAAGUUCAAGUCUAUCCUGAGAGACCCAGAAUUCCACGAAAAGAUCGGUCUAUUCGCCAUCGACGAGCUUCACAUUGUUGGCGAGUGGAGGGAUUUCAGGCCAGACUUUACGUAUCUCCAUACAUUGCGGUCACUAUUACCACGUUGGGUCCCGUGGUUUGGCUAUUCCACAGUCCACACGGUUCGCAGCAUCCCCAAAACGAUCAUCUACAUCGACAGCAAGCCCCGGUUGAUUGCGGCACGAUGGUCUCUAUGCAAGUACGCUCAGGAGAAGUGUAGUUUAUCUAAGGAGUUUGCUCGCAAGGUCAUACAACGGUACGAUGCCGACGUUCGUGAUGCCGACAAGAACAUCAUCUUCAACAACCUGGCAUCUGACUCUGAUUGCCGUAUCGUCUUAGCGACGGUCUCCCUCGGUAUGGGGAUGGAUAUCCCUGACAUCGUUCGAGUUGUUCAGUUCGGCUUGCCGAAGUCCCCCAGCCUCGCCGACUUAUGGCAGCGCUUUAGUAGAGCGAUGCGUAACACGCAAAAGGCGGCGGAACAGGGAUAUAUUCGCGGGAUGGCUGUUGUAUUCGCGCCUUAUUGGGUAUUCAGUCAUAUUGGAAGCACUGAUAAACCAGUACCAAAGACUAAACAGCCAAGAAGACGACCAGCCCGUCAACAACAAGCCCACAUGCCCGCCAUUGCUAGCCGUCUCCGGGAGAUGGCUCUUGUUGAUCGCGACGAUGACGAUAUCGCUAGUCAAGGCAGUCAGAACAGCAACCCAGUUAGCCAGACAUCGCAAGCCAUAGAAGAGGCUGCAAAUGCUCAACAACAAGAAGAGGCUAUCGCCCUCAGCUCCGUUGGUCUCUGGGACUUCGAAAAGCGUAUCAAAUGGAGCAAAAACGACAUCACUGCGCAAGAGAAACUGGAUCUAGUUAUCAGAUCCUGGCUCAACAGUGGUUGUUUCCGUGAGUCCGCGCUAGAUUAUCUACAAGAGCCCAGCAUCGAAGACGACCCGGAUCUUGAGUAUCGACGACCGCUUGAUAAGGAGUUCUGUUGUAACGGCCACAACUGUAACCGCACGCUGGGCCGCAUCCCACCACUUGAACCGCUGAAUAAAGGGCAGGAGAAGCCCACAACUGGCUCGUUGGCAGCAUUCGCGAUGGAUCGGUUGGCGGUAUGGUGCAAGGAGCAGGCGCAACAGUUAGUUCCCGCCGAGCAUCGCCACUUUGACGUACUGGGCGAGAUGUGGAUGGAUCUUCGCCUUCAAUAUGCCGUCGCUUGUCUGUUUUUGCAGGGCCCCCGCAAAAAGCCAGAGCUCCCGUUGAACGAUGUCCCGUCGCUGGUACAGAAGCUCCCAGCGAUUAGAGAGUGGGAGCACCUUCAGUCCAGUGGUCCAGAGCUAGUAGCGGUCUGUACAGAGUCAAUCGCUACAGUCAUUGAGGCUCGCGAUGCUUACAAGAAGAAGAAGAGUGCAGAUAGGGCAGCCCGCCGAAGGUUGGUAUAG